AUGGCUGCUUCGCGGGCAGAAGGCCUAAGGCUUCUUGCUCCAGCCCCAACUAUAGAAGCUCCCCAACAGACAGAUAUCCGUAUUAAGUCAAGCAAGAGAAAAUCAAUAGCCUGUGAGGCCUGUAAGAAAAAGAGGUCUAAGUGCAAUGGAGAUCAUCCAUGCGAUGGAUGUGUUCAGGCAGGUACAGAAUGUCAUGUACUUGAAGGCCUUGACCGACGAAGGAAAGUUGCAAUGCACAAGAUAGGGCGGGACUUGUGUACAACUCGUUCACUUCUACAUGAGAUCGUGGUGGCUUUCGAUGGUGGCACUGAUGCAGAUGUUGAACGGCUCAUCAGCAUAGCAAGGAAUAAUUCGUCUACUGAUGUGAACACGAAGUUGCACGAUUGGCAUAGUCUCCAGGUGGGAAAACAUUCUCUCAUUGAACGAAAUGUUUGA